UCUCAGUUAACCACAAACUCUCUCUUCUCUUAGCUAUAAACACAAACUACUCCCGUGCAACACCAAUGGGGGACAUAGCGGCAUUCGACAACGCCAUGGACAUCGGCGGUGGCGUCAUGAUGGCGAUGAUGCUGAAGGCUUUGAUCGAGCUUGACGUGCUGGAGGUCAUGGCAGCAGCGGGGCCUGGCGUUCUGCUCUCGCCAGAAGAGAUCGCAUCUAAGAUCCAAACCAGCAACCCGGACGCCCCCAAGGUGCUCGACAGAAUGUUUCGGUUCUUGGCCGCCAACAAAGUGAUGACUUGCGAGGAGGUGACUGUGGUGGGAGAGGAGGAUGGGAAGAGCAAGAGACGCUAUGGAUUGGGUCCGGGUUGCAAGUUGUUCACUAAGGAUGAGGAUGGAAUCUCUAUAGCUCCAUUCUUGUUCAUGCAGCUCUCCAACUCCUGGAUUGACACAUGGACAAAUAUGAAGCAUGCAGUGUCAGAUGGGUGUGUCCCAUUUGUGAAGACUCAUGGAAUGACAUGGUAUGAGUAUGUGGACAAAAAUCCCCAUAUCGCUGAGAUGUUCAAUAAAGCCAUGUUUAAUCAAACCACGAUGCUCAUGAAGAAGAUACUUGAAAACUACAACGGAUUUGAGAGCAUUAAUGCGCUUGUGGAUGUGGGUGGUGGCCAUGGUGGUAUUCUUUCCCUCAUAAUAUCCAAGUACCCACACAUCAAAGCCAUCAACUUUGAUUUACCUCAUACUGUCUCCGAAGCAAAACCUAUUCAAGGAGUGGAAUUUGUUGGGGGUGAUAUGUUUGAAAGUGUUCCCAGUGGUGAUGCCAUGGUACUAAAGGGCGUACUUCAUAAUUGGAGCGAUGCUGAUUGUGUAAAGAUAUUAAAAAACUGCUGGAAGGCAUUACCAGAUAAUGGAAAAAUAAUUAUCAUAGAACAUGUUAUUCCUAAAAAUAUUGAUGAAGCAAAGAGCGCCAUUCAAUUUGACAUUAUCAAGUUGAUUUUUUAUUCCAAGGGUAAAGAAAGGACUGAGGAUGAGUAUCAAUUUCUUGCUAAAGAAAGUGGGUUUUCUGGGUUCAAAAUUGUGUGUAAUAUUUAUAGGUCUUUAAUUAUGGAAUUCUAUAAAUCAAUGUGACUUGUAACUUGCAUUGUAUUGAAGUCUUUUAUGCAUUUUUAAUAAAAGUGAAUA